AGAAGAAAAAUGAAUUCAAAAGCUUGUUUUGUGUUUACUCUCGUCUUCGGAGUCGUCUUUCUCACAGCGUCUGCUCGCAUAUUCAAGGAUGAACGCAGCUUGGAUUCUACAGAAGUAGCAGCAAGACCGGGAUGGGCAUGCCCCCAUGGUUGUUGCAGUUGGCUUUAUAGUCUUUGCCAAAAAUGUUGUGCUACUGCUCGAGAAGCUAAUCUCAUGCAAAUGGAUGCAACAGAAGCAGUAGGAUUGCGCUGUCCAGGAGGUUGUUGCAAAUAUAAAGAAUAUUGGGGCUGUGUACAAUGUUGUGGCAAUUCUCGAGAAGCUUCAUAAAUGGGGCGGCGGCUGUCACCAUGGAGACUGGUGGACGUGGUGGGGGAAAGUGUUUGGGUAAAGAAAAGAAAGUGAAGUAUCAACGUACCAAUGAAAUAAAUUAUGUAUAUAAAUCGAUGUUGCACGUGUGUGUGGAAAUAAUACGUUCAUAGGGUUAAUUAUAUCUCAUGAAGUUAGCCCUUUUAAGGA